GGGACUCAACAGGACUCCAGCUGUGGAGUCUGGCCUAGCACAGCUCCCACCCAGCUUUCUAGGGACAUCGGGGGACAUCGGUGCGCACAACAGGGACAGUUCAGAACACGGGUAGUCUGUGCACGCAACAGGGACAGUUUGAGACAGGGUAGUCUGUGCACGCAACAGGGACAGUUCAGGACACGGGUAGUCUGUGCACACAGCUGGGACAGUUUAGAACACGGGUGGUCAGUGCACACAGCGGGGACAGUUCAGAACACAGGUGGUCGGUGCACACAGCGGGGACAGUUCAGAACACGGGUGGUCGGUGCACACAGCGGGGACAGUUCAGGACACGGGUGGUCAGUGCGCACAACAGGGGAAGUUCAGGACACUCACGGU